CCGCACAGCACCAAGUCGAACCGUGAGGACGAUGUGCGGCCUUCCUCUCUUCCUGAAAUCAUCCCCUUAGUUCACUUGAAGUGUUGUCAAUCGGGUGCAAACCGACCUCGGCUAGCAAAACGCCUCCACGCAGCUCGUUAAAUGGUCGUGGUGAACGGUGAUACAUAUCAGGCUGAAUGAAACCCGGGUUUAACAUCGAUACUGGUCAGGACCCGCCGAGGUCGAUCACGACGAUGCAGGAUGAAUGGAUCGACAUACAUUUCAGACAACCUGUGUACACUAGCAACACCGUCCCGACCUUCGCGCAGGAGCUGAUCGAUUUCAUCGCCGACUUUCUCUUCGACGAGCCUGUACAACUCGCACGAUGCUGCCUCGUAUGCCGGGCAUGGUACUUCUCUGCCAGACACCACCUUCUCGAGCGGACCGUCCAGAGCACACAGGCCUUGGACGACCUUGUCCGCAUUCUCAUGUCCAGGAAUAACAGAAGCUACGGACGAGCAUUACGUCACCUGACCAUCCGGGAGCAUCCCACGAAGGCCUUCGCUCAUACCUUCCCGCUGCGCGUUCCGGCAAGCCGCCUGUCGCAGCUAACUAUGCUCAGCUUCUCACAGCUGGAUUGGACGUUGAAACGGCCUCAUGCGUGCUUCUUCAAGCACCUCGCCUACUUCGCAUCCGUCACCAGCUUGAUACUCGAACGAUGUCGGUUUCGUCACACCGACGAACUCCGGACGACCAUCCAUGCCCUCCCUAGCCUUGAACUGCUCUCUCUGGACUCGGUAGUAUUUCACACAUUGUCCCCGGAUGCUGUGCGGCCCGCAUUUCAGUUUAGGCAGACGCUCCGUACGUUGGAGUUCUGGCAUGUUGCGGCGUCAGGAGACCCUAUGGCAGUAGCCGACGGACAGCACCUGCCUCAAUGUAUGCUCGACCUGCUGGCCUUGUACCUGACUGUGGUCAAGCUCUCACUCCGCCGGACCAGACUUCUCUCUACAUCGCAGCUGUUCUCAUUCAUUGACGCAUUCCCGGCCCUUCGCCAUUUACACAUAGAAGGUGACCCGUUACGCAGGUCGGAAGAGCCGCAAGUCUUUCGUAAAUCCGCAAGCUCUGACCAGGUCAUUGGGACGGCAGAGACGGAGGUCGCCACUGCAUUGACGACCGUCCGCCUGUCCGAGGUGUCUUCCGCCUUCGCCCUGACUUUGAUCGAGCUCCUAGUCAACCGGAACUACGCGCUAGAGGAGCUGUACGUCACCCUCGACGAUGCACCGUCCCCGGCACUGCAACUGGCCAUUCGAGAAUGUCUUCGCCAGUCUGGGCCAGCACUCACAGAGUUUCUCUGGGGCUACCGAUCAGACAUCCUCACGUUCUGGCACCCUGGACGUGGGGACUUGGACCUCCUCCCUCCUCCACUCACGUACAACACCAACCUCCAUCGUCUUACCAUGUACUUCGCCACGUCUUCGUCGCUCGGCAUGCUAUGGGUCCUCGGAGCCCUUCUCGCCCUCUUCUCGCAAAUGAACAGCCCGAACCUGCAGGACGCGCACGUUGCCUUCAUAACGUACGACAGCGUAGACCCCGCCCUAUAUACAGUGGCAGAUCCCGCGCUGACCGGUACAGUGGCCACGUUCGAGUCGAUCCUUUCUCGCCCCGAGUUCUCAGACUUGCCUCCUGCGUCCAUCACAGUCUCCUUCCGAGUGUACAAUGAUUUGCACGCAGAUGGAGACGAGCCAACGAGCCCCGCUAGCACUGCGGAAAUGCUCCACACAUCGUCUGAGGCCGUCAGGGCUAUCCUUGUUCCUCUGUUUAGCUCUUGGCUGGCCCGCGGAGUUAUGGUCCUCGAACUACCGGAUGGGUCGCGCAUCUCGGACCAUCCGCCACACCACAAUGGAGGCGAGGGUGCUGUCCCAGGCGGCCCAGUUCCUACUUCCUCAUCGUUAUUAGUUCUGGCCACUUUCGCGAUCGGUCACUUGCUCGUCGUGGCAUUCGUCUCACUUUUCGUACUUUCUGUCUCGUGUGUAAGCAAGCGUGCACGGUGAAGCAAUGUCAUCUGUACGAGUACAAUCCGACUCAUAGCAUGCAGCUUGCGGGGCAUGACACAAUGCUGAG